CCGUAUUUUGUUUCUCAUUUUAGCGGUUUUACAUAUCUUUCUCAGGCUGCGUUCCGUUUCAUAGGUGCCUCCGUAGCGUCGUUCCCCGAGGAGGCCUCUGUCGAUCUCUUUCUCGAAUUGUUUGCAAAGCUAAUUUUCAUUCAUACACCUCCUCUUGGAACUCCAUUUCCUCUCCCUGCUGCAGCCAUGGCUUCCGAGGGUUUCAGCGACAAAAAUGGUAUUUUCCGGAAGCUUCGUGCGAAAGCAGAAAACAAAAUUUGUUUUGAUUGCAACGCGAAGAACCCAACAUGGGCCUCGGUGACUUAUGGCAUCUUCCUGUGCAUAGAUUGUUCGGCUACUCAUCGCAGACUUGGCGUUCACAUCAGCUUUGUCAGGUCAACUAAUUUAGACUCAUGGACUCCCGAGCAAUUGAAAAUGAUGUACUUUGGUGGGAAUAACCGUGCUCAAGUGUUCUUCAAGCAGCAUGGAUGGACGGAUGGAGGCAAGAUUGAGGCCAAGUAUACUUCCAGGGCUGCUGAACUGUACAAGCAGCAGCUCUCAAAGGAAGUUUCUAAAAGCAUGGCUGAUGAUUCAGGCUUACCAUCAUCACCUGUUGCUUCUCCUGUAUCUCCAACUAAUGGAUUUUCUGAAUUUAAGACAAAUGAAGGAGAUAAAGAAAGUGCUUCUAUUAAGGAUGAAACUCAUGUAGUUCCUGCCUCACCUAAGGCUACUCAUUCAGUUGUUUCCACAUCUUUCAAGAAGCCUAUGGUUGCAAAAAAAGCUGGGAAGUCAGGCGGGCUAGGUGCUCGGAAGCUCACUACAAAGACAAGCGAAAGUCUCUAUGAUCAAAAACCAGAAGAACCACCAAUUCAGUUGCCCUCUGUCUCUGCAAGUAACACCCCUUUAGCUGGUUCAUCAUUUACUUCCCGAUUCGAGUACACAGAAAAUGUGCAAUCUGUGCAGACGAAUACUGGAGGCUCUCGUGUUCUAAACCACAUUGCUCCUCCAAAGGCAUCCAAUUUUUUUGCAGAGUAUGGGAUGGACAGUGGUUUUACUAAGAAGACUAGUUCUAAUUCAUCAAAAGUCCAGGUUGAGGAAACUGAUGAAGCAAGGAAGAAGUUCUCUAAUGCCAAAUCUAUUUCGUCAGCACAAUUUUUUGGGGAUCAACAGAAAGCUGAUGCGGAAGCUACGGUUUCCCUGCAAAAGUUCUCGGGUUCAAGCUCAAUCUCCAGUGCUGACCUAUUUGGUCAUGAUGAUGAUAGAUUGGCCCUUGAUGUCACUGCAAGUGACCUCAUAAACCGUCUCUCUUUCCAGGCACAACAAGACAUCUCCUCCCUUAAGAAUAUUGCUGGAGAAACUGGAAAGAAGCUGAGUUCUCUGGCUUCCAACUUGAUAUCAGACCUCCAGGAUAGAAUUCUGUAAUUGUUUUUUUUUUUAAAAAAGAAGAAAAAGUAAACCAAAAACUCGAGUUUGUGUCACAUACUUGCGGACAUUCUAUGUAGAUGUAAGAAAGAGCCUUUUGAAAUUCUUUAUUACUAAGAGGGGAAAAAACAAACAAGACAUUGGUACCUGCAGAACACAUUAAAUACUUGUUUCUGUUUUGUACUGUAAAAUGUUGAAUAUAUGUAUGGUUUUCGU